CAAAUAAUAAUAAUAAUUAAUUAAAAUUAAAUUAAAAAAUAACAAGAAAUGAAAUUCCAAAGAUUGUUAAUUGCAGCUUUAAUAGUUUGCUUAGUCUCUGCCUAAUUGAGGUUAGAAGAUUAAAUCAAAAAAGAAUAAUAAAAUGAAAGUUGGUUAGAAAAACUUUUGGACUACUUCAGACCUAAAAAUAAACUCAGUGUCACCACUGAAUGUAAUGCUCUUAACUUCACUGCUUAUGACGGACUCAGUUACUCUGGUUAUUUGAGUGUUGGUUAAAAUUUGAAAUCUGCUCUUGGUUUCAUUUUCUAUGGUGCUAAGGGAAGAACUGUUGAAUAAAUUAGAACCCUCCCAACUAUCAUCUGGUUAAAUGGUGGUCCUGGUUGUUCUUCUUAAUUCGGUAACUUCUUUGAAUUAGGUCCCCUUUAUGUUAACUAAACUUCUAGUGGUUCUUUCUACUUUACUCCUAAUAAUUAUACCUGGACUAACGAAUACAACGUUAUUUUUGUUGAUUAACCCAUUGGUACUGGUAUUUCUUAUGCUGACUCUUCAAAGGAAAUUCCUUAAAACUAAGAUUAAGUUGCUUAAUAAUUCCUCUAUGCUCUUGAUUAACUUUAUAACUCUCCUAAUGGAUGUUUUAACUAAGUUGGCUUAACUCCCAAGUCUCCUCUCUUCCUUUUCGGUGAAUCAUAUGCAGGAAAGUAUGUUCCUUCUAUCGCUGCUAGAGCUUUAAAAGAAAAGAAUGUUUUCAACAUCUAAGGUAUUGGUGUAGUUGAUGGUUUCACUGUUCCUUACUAUGUAGUUGGCUCUCUCAGUGAAUUCUCUCACUUAAAUAACCUUACUAGUAACACCCAAUACUAACAUGGUCUUCAAGUUGCAGCAUAAGCAUAAAAGGCUAUUAAUGCUUCUUAAUUCUAGCUUGCUUCUUCAUACUUCAAUCAAGAUAUGAGCAUUAACAAUCCUUAAAAUUUAGAUGUCUACAACAUCCACAGAUAAGAUGAACCUGAUGCCAGUGCUCUUGAAAAUCUCUUCAAUUCCGCUUACGGAUAAUAACUUUUCAAGUUAAGAAAUAAGAAAUAUACCUAAUGUGACAACACAGUUUAUGCUCGUUUUGCUAAUGACUUCAUGAAAGGCGAUACCAUCAAUGCAGUUGAAUAUUUACUUGAAUAAGACUUCCCAGUUAACUACUUUAACGGAAAUUUAGAUCUUAUUGUCCCUUACAUAGGUACUGAAACACUCUUAUCAGUCCUUAACUGGUCUGGUUAAAGUUAAUUCAACAGCGCUCCUACUACCUAAUGGGCUGCUGAUGGUGCUGUCUAUGGUACAGUUAAGACUUACAAGAACUUAUAAUACAAGCUUGUUUAUAACUCCGGUCACAUGGUCCCUCAAGACUAACCUGCUGCCGCUCUUAAUUUAGUCACUGAAGCUGUUAACCGCAGUUUACAAUACAAUCAAAGCAAAUCUUAAUGA